ACUUUCCAAAGCUCGAAACCUAGGACCGCUUUCUCCAUCAACUCUGUUCUCAGGGGGGUGGGGCCCCAGCCACGAUCUCGGAGCGGCCAGCAGUAGGGGUGGCCGCUGGAGGUGAGAAAAAAACAAAACAAAACCAGAAACUCAGACGACAGCACGAGCAGAGGGGUCCUCUGUGUGCAUGGGAUGGGGACGCCAGGGGAGGGGCUGGGCCGCUGCUCCCAUGCCCUGAUCCGGGGGGUCCCCGAGAGCCUGGCAUCAGGGGAGGCGGUGGGAGCCGGUCUUCCUGCUCUGGACCUGGCCAAGGCUCAAAGGGAGCACGGAGUGCUCGGGGGUAAACUGAGGCAGCGCCUGGGGCUGCAGCUGCUAGAACUGCCUCCUGAAGAGUCGCUGCCGCUGGGACCGCUGCUCGGUGACACUGCUGUAAUCCAAGGGGACACAGCCCUAAUCACGCGGCCCUGGAGCCCAGCCCGAAGACCGGAGGUCGAUGGAGUCCGCAAAGCCCUCCAGGACCUGGGGCUCCGGAUCGUGGAGAUGGGGGACGAGAACGCCACGCUGGACGGCACUGACGUUCUUUUCACCGGCCGGGAGUUCUUCGUAGGCCUCUCCAAGUGGACCAAUCACCGGGGAGCUGAGUUCGUGGCAGACACUUUCCGGGAUUUCGCAGUCUCCACAGUGCCCGUCUCCAGCUCUUCCCACCUGCGCGGCCUCUGUGGAAUGGGGGGACCCCGUACCGUGGUGGCUGGUAGCAGUGAAGCUGCCCAAAAGGCUGUCCGGGCAAUGGCAAUGUUGACCGACCACCCCUAUGCCUCCCUGACCCUCCCAGACGAUGCAGCCGCUGACUGUCUCUUCCUGCGCCCUGGGUUGCCCGGUGCGCUCCCAUUCCUCCUGCACCGUGGAGGGGGAGAUCUCCCCAACAGCCAGGAGGCACUCCAGAAGCUCUCCGAUGUCACCCUGGUCCCUGUGUCCUGCUCAGAACUGGAGAAGGCAGGCGCUGGGCUCAGCUCACUCUGCCUGGUCCUCAGCACUCGCCCCCACAGCUGAGGUCCUGGCCUGAGGAUACAGGCAGGCCAAGCUCAGACCGGCUUGAGGAGUAGAGGGGAAAGGAGGGUUAGUUAGAUAGGUAGUAGAGGGGAGAGGGCCACAAGAUGGCGGGAGGGCAUAGUAUGGGAAAAUAACAGACCACUGGGUGAGUCCUCUCUCUCAGAACUAAUAA